AUGGAAGUAGGUCAGGCAGGGGCAAAAAUUGUGGCCACUCUUAGGGGCCAGGGGAAGGAGGAGGGGACAGGAGAUGCUGGGGAGGCUGGAAUCGAGGAGAAGGCAACCUUGCAACUUUCAAUUACCUCCAGACGCACAAACCCCGGCAGUUUCCUUCCCUACUUAGCCUCGGCACAUAGCCGCCUGGAGGUUGAAGGUAUCACCUCGCAGCACAUUGAGCCUGUUCACCUAGACCUUCAAGGUGCAGGUCAGGAACAGACGGGCUACAGUGUCAAGACCCGUUUAGACAGCCUAGAAAUCACAAAUUCCGGAGCCACCUUCUUCCCUUUCCCCCCUCGACGGACCCGGUCCAUUCAGGAGGUCACUAACGAGGUCAGCACCGGCAGCAGUGGCGACGGCGGCAGUCUGAUUGGCUCUGACAGUCUCCCAAGGUCAUCCCAACGACGAUCCGGCACCCUCCCACCCGAAGACCUCUACCAGAACAACGAGGUGGCGCCACAGUCCGUCACGAGUCCGCCUCUCAACUGCGACACCGAUAACCGCAACCUCAGCCUCGAAGCCUCCUCCACCUCCCCCUCCCUGGGA